UUUAAUGCACACGCAUUAGCGUGUACUGGGGACUUUUAUUCUGAAAAAAACCCUGUCGGAAGUGUGCGCGGUUGCGUCGCGGGUUUUGACAGCAGGUCCGUUUUUACCUCUGCUUUCUUUAUUCCACCCUGCCUCGCUCUUUCUUUCUCUAUUUAAUACGCCUUUUCGCCUGCCUUGUGUGCGUCUAUUUAUUUAUUUAUGCAUCUUAUUUGAAAGUAUUUAGUAUAUUUUUACAUUCUAGUCGUUCCUCAAAUGAGAAGACGUAAAAGAUGGAGCUUCAUAUUUUAGAGCACAGCUUGAAAGUGGCGAGUAUAGAAAAAGAGGGGAUACAGAUUUGCACUCACGGAUUAAUAAAACUCGCUUUCUUGGCCUCCAAAACAAGAUGCAAGUUUUUCAGUUUGACAGAGACUCCAGAGGACUACACCAUAAUUGUGGAUGAGGAAGGCUUUAAAGAGCUGCCCCAGUCAGAGCACAUCAGUGUUGCUGAUGCCACAUGGUUGGCCCUCAACGUGGUGUCAGGUGGCGGCAACGCCUCCAACUCGCAACCCAUCGGAGUCACCAAAAUCGCUAAAUCAGUCAUUGCACCGCUGGCCGACCACAACAUCUCUGUUUUCAUGCUGUCGACGUAUCAGACGGACUUCAUUCUGGUUCGAGAGCGAGACCUGCCGAUGGUCAUGCACACGCUGUCUUCCGAAUUCACUUUGCUUCGGGUGGUCAACGGAGAGACGGUUGCUGCUCACGAUCUGGGAGUCACCAACGGCUUUGUAAAGCCUAAACUUGUGCCCCGGCCCAUCAUUCACCCCUUAUCUAGUCCCAGCAACAUGUUCUGUGUGACCAGCCUGGACCCAGACACACUGCCCUCUGUAGCCACCCUGCUCAUGGAUGUCAUGUUUUACUCUGGAGGGACAAAGGAGCCCGGAGCGUCCAGCGAGGACUCCAGCCACAUCCGCUUCUUCUCCUUCUCCCUGAUCGAGGGCUACAUCUCUCUGGUCAUGGACGAACAGACAACUCAAAGGUUUCCAAACAAUGUCCUGUUUACCAGUGCUUCUGGUGAGCUUUGGAAAAUGGUUCGCAUCGGGGGACAACCUUUAGGAUUUGAUGAGUGCGGCAUCGUGGCCCAAAUAUCAGAACCCCUGGCAACGGCCGACAUUCCAGCUUACUACAUUAGUACCUUCAAGUUUGACCAUGCCCUGGUUCCCGAAGAAAACAUCCAAAGUGUGAUCGGAGCUCUGCGGACCAAGAGCACGGCACAGUGAAGGAAGCUGGAGGAAAACAAUGACUGUUUUCAAAAGUCUUUUCGUUCAAACGUUUAUCAUGUCCAAAAAGUGCCAAAAGCUUAUUAGCGGACUACUGUGGAUCGGCUCUGAAAGGAAGGGAUUGAACCGGGGGGUGGGGGAGUUUGAUGGUGUGUUAGGGAUGCCUUUGUUACUCGGCUGUUUUCUUUACCCCCACCCCUCCUUCCCUCCUUGGCACUCGGGCCCUCCACUGCCCUCUCUGGUCAUUGUUGCUUUAGUUUACCAGACUGAAUAUGUUUUUUUCCUCUCUAAAAGCUGCUUCUUCCCACUCCCUGACCCUCAUGAGCACCAUACUGUAUUAGUUACAUAAUUCCUCUCAUGGAAGGAUGACGAAUGUACUCUCAAAACAAUAUUAAGAAAUAUUAAGCUCUCCAUAUUUUUUUGUUUUGUUUUCCGCAGGUCAUUUCUUAGUGCCAAGAUGUUUGAAUGCCUAAACUGAUGCCUUUGUCAAAAUACUUUACAUGUGUGCAAUUGUAGGAGACAAUUUCUGAGACAGGCAGCGAUGACACGGCGCCUGGUUGAGUGUUUUAUUUUUGCUUUUAGUAGCUGUUGAACAUCUAAUUACAGCAAUGAUCCGACUGUUGGAGUCUAUUGUUAAAUUCAGAUGCUUGGCCUGGUGACACAUGAAGUAAAUUCAAGCUCUUGAAGAGGAAAUUAUAAUUUUAGUGUUUUAAAAUUGAUUUGCAUUCACACUGUGGGCAACAGGUCAUGAGUCACUCAAGUUUUUAACAAGUCAUUUUAAAUGGAUUCUUUGGCUAGAGAGCAACAUUUAUAUGGUAUUAAUCAAUUACUUUAGUAGUAGUUGAUUAAUUGAAAAGAAAUUUAAAGUAAAAAAAUAAAAUAAAAAUUUCAUCCGGUGUAUUAAAUUGAAGAAUGAGCUCGCUUUUCAAAGUUUUAAACUGUAAGUACUUGAAUACCUUUGGGUAUUUAAGUGGUCAAAAUAAAUAAGAUGGUGAAUUAUUUUGUAAAGAGAUAUUCAAAGUCUCCAGAGGACGAACCUUACUGAUGUUUCCCUGACCUUUCAUUUAGCGCCACCAGGAGUUCAGAGUUUUCACUCAGUUUUGGGGUCCCAUCAAUAGGUGCAAUACAAAAUGCAAAACUUUAAUCUAUUUCUAUUUCUAUUUCAGAUUUUUAUUUUCUAUUUUUUCCCUAUGAAUUUAAGACAAAAGUCUAAUCUAAUCCUGGCACCUUUACUGUCUAAUAAAGGCAAAAAAGCUCAAAUUAUCUUAAAAAAAAAAGCUCUAACUAUUCCUGUAACAAGCAUUACUGUAUAUUUGUUUUUGUUUUUUUUAAACGUGUUUUCACGGAUCGUGCUGCUCACAGUGUGAACCCGCAAUAAGACCUGAUGAUUAAAUGCAAUGAUGGAAAUGUUUGCAUCACAGUAGUAAUAAAUUACUGAGCCACUUUGACAAUGUACUAGAAUAAGCUAUGGUUCACACGGGGAAGGAGCCCUGGUGUCCAUUUGUAGGUGUUGAAGCUGCCCCUCUCCUGCUCCAGUCUGCACUUUAAUGCAGGUUCCACCCCCACAGACCUGCUGUACUGAUGUGAAAACAGGGGAGGGCUAUUUACUGUAGAAAUAUCCUGUCCACAUGGGGAGAUUUCUGUUGGUCUUAAGCAUUUGGUGAUAAUGUUUUUUUUUUCUUUUCAUUUUUUUUUUAUUUCACACCACCUUGCACCUAACAACAACAACAACCUUUCUUCUGAUCAGAUUUGAUGAGUAGAAACCCUGUAUUUAUCAGUGUUAAAACAGGAGGAAGGUGGCAUUUUCUUCUGAUUCUAUUUCAAAGAAAAAAGUUAAAAGAUUUUCAUUUGGAGCUUCUUGUGUGGAGAAGAAAUAAAAUAAACAAGCUUUUUUUCUUUUUUUCUUUUUGGAGCUCAGUUUUCACCAAUGUGUCAUUUUUACUGUCUUUACUUAACAACGGGGAUUGUCCUCUCACUGUUAUUUGCUCCCAAUGUGUACUUUAAAUCAAUAAACUGGUGACAUCUCUGCACAAUGUGGUUGUCAGAGCCUCAAGAUUAACUGUAAAUCACAUUCUUUUGACUCAGAUAUUAGAAAAUAAUAAACUACAGACUGAAAAAUA